GUUCGAUUAAUCGGAAGUCAUCUUACCUAUCACUAACAAUAAAAAAAAAAAAACAAAAAUUUCUUAAGAUUACCGAGCAUAGUCUGUAAAAAAAACAACACCAACUAAAGAAAGGGGUACACAGUGCCACACAAAGAGUAAGUGUUUUAUCUGACCAAGCAGUAAACAAAAAGUCUUUCAAAGUGUUGAACUUACCGCAAUUUUUCGCAAACGCUGAGUCUUCAACGACAAGCACAAGAGCAGCUACCAGCAAAAUGACCGUCCAUGAGUUUAAAGUUGAAAUGACCUGUUCCGGCUGCUCAGGUGCCGUGGAAAGAGUCCUGGGCAAAUUGGGUGAUAAAGUUGAAAAAGUAAGCAUUGAUUUGGAUGAUAAAACGGUUCUGGUUACAUCGAAUAUGUCGGGCGAAGAACUUUUGGAAGUUAUCAAGAAGACCGGCAAGCCGGCACAAUAUGUGGGCGUGAAAGAAUGAAACGAAAUGUUUUGUCGUUUUCGACGUAUAGCUAAAUUAAAACUGGAGGUAUGAAGAUUUGUGGGAAAGAAACAAAAACAACGAUACAAUCCUACAGCUGGGAUGUGGAACAACAAAAGAACAUACACAAUACACAAAAAACAACAACAAUACAAACAAUUACUUUAUUUAUCUAUGGGUUUUUCUGAUUUAUCUUAAAAUGAUACGAUAUCUCUUAGAAACGGUUUAUGAUGAUGACAAAACAAUACACCUCGGGAAUACAAAUGCAUUUUUCCAUGCUAAUUAAUAAUCAUGCACUGUGUGUGCAAAAAUCGAAAUAAUUAUGAAAUCAAGAUACAUUUUCUUUUUUCCGGUAGAGUUUCUUCUUGCCUUCUUCCAAAAAAAUAAAAACGAAAA